UGUGCUCUAGAAAAUCUAGUCAUGAAGAUUGCUAUUGAAGGGUGUGCUCACGGAGAGUUGGAGAAAAUUUAUAAUGCUAUUCAGUAUAUGGAAAAAGAAGGUCAAUUCAAAGUUGACCUUCUCAUAUGCUGUGGUGAUUUCCAAUCUACGAGAAACUCGCAAGAUUUGUCUAGUAUGGCUGUCUCUCAAAAGUAUAGGAACAUUUGUUCUUUCUACAAGUAUUAUUCAUUAGAGAAAGAAGCGCCUAUCCUUACACUGUUCAUCGGAGGGAACCAUGAGGCAUCAAAUCACUUACAGGAGCUCCCUUAUGGGGGAUGGGUGGCUCCUAAUAUAUAUUAUUUAGGUUAUGCUGGUGUCGUGAAUUUUGGAGGUGUACGCAUUGCUGGCCUGUCAGGUAUCUACAAGAGUAGAGAUUAUAUGAAAGGACACUAUGAGAAACCUCCUUACAGUGAAGAGACCAAGCGAUCAGUCUACCACAUCAGGAACUUGGAGGUGUUCAGACUGAAACAGCUGACUCAGCCGGUGGACAUCAUGCUGUCACAUGAUUGGCCAAGAGGAGUCACUGACUACGGGGAUGUUGAUACACUGCUCCAGAGGAAACCGUUUUUCCAACAGGAUAUAGAGCAGAACGCAUUGGGAAGUAAACCAGCUGAAGAGCUAUUACACGAGCUCAAACCAACUUACUGGUUUGCCGCUCAUCUACACUGCAAGUUUGCUGCUAUUGUUCCACACGGUCCACGAAAAGGUGACACCAGGUUCCUUGCAUUAGAUAAAUGCUUGCCGAAGAGGAAAUUUCUCCAAAUAAUGGAGCUGGACCAUGAUGACAGUCAGCCACUAGAGUUGAGCUAUGACCUAGAGUGGCUCACCAUUUUACAUCUGACUAAUCAUCUGCUUUCGGUCAAAAAGGGAAUCACCUAUAUGCCUGGUCCCUCUGGUGUAGAGAGGUGGAUAUUUACUCCAACCGAGGAGGAGAAAGCCCAUGUGCUUAAGAGGUUCAAUGGUGAACUGAAAGUGCCGAGGAACUUUUCUAAGACGGUGCCAGCCUGGAGUGAAGAGGGGGGACAACAAGGACGAGCGACGCAGCAGUUUAACCCGCAAACCACCACUUUCUGUGAGCUGCUGGGUGUAGACGACCCUCUAACUCUGCUCGGCGGAGGUGACGAGACACCUGGAACAUCAACUCCAACCUUCUUCACACCCGACAGGUCUAGAGACACUUCUCAAGUAUCCUUCACUUCUCCCUCGGACUACGACGAGACUUGUAAUCAGUCUAGUUUCAGCAACACCAGUUUUACCCCAAGCCCAAUCAAGAGGAUGAGUUUACCACCGCCCAAGCUAGAGUUGCCCGAUGAUAGUUCAGAGGAUUUGCUCUCUACAAGUCAGGUCUCUCAGGACAGUACGGCCAACCUGACAGCUACAGACUCAGUGAACACAACAGCCAGCUUAAAUGAAUCGGUUUUGUCGCAAUCAACGUGUGAAACAGAUGCGAGUCAAAAACCUAGUGAGGAUGGACCUCCGAUACCAAACAAAAAGUUCAAGCGGAGAAACCAAGCACUAUACACUUCUACUGAAGAAGAUUGAAUAUGAUCAUUGAAUAUAGAAGCUGAAAUAUUUUCUUCUCAUCAAUAUGGCAAUAAGGUGUCAGUUUUGAUGUUUGACACAUAGGCUUUUGUGUGUUGCUGACUAAUUAAUUUCUUCCUUUUUUAAGAUUAGAAUUUAAUCAAUAAAAUAAUGAUCUUUCCAA